AUGCUGCUCUCAAAACUGGGUUCUUUCCCCCCCAUCGCAACCAGCAUGGAUCUACCGGCGAAGCUCCAUCUGCAGCAGCAAGCAAAAACAGAAAGGCUGCCAUUUGAGAAGCAGUACCGGCUCGGAGCGGUGCUGGGAAGUGGAGGAUUCGGGACUGUUUACUCCGCGGUCCGUGUGGCUGACGGGGCACCGGUGGCUGUGAAACAUGUUUGUCGAGACAGAGUGACUGACUGGGCCACUCUGACCAGCGGAGUGGUGCCUCUGGAGAUCGUCCUGUUGGAGAAGGUGGGCGCAGGCUUCGGGGGUGUGGUGCAGCUCCUGGACUGGUGGGAACGUCAGGACGGCUGGUUGUUGGUCAUGGAGCGUCCCGAGCCGGCUCAGGACCUGUUUGACUACAUCACAGAGCGGGGCACUCUGGAGGAGGACGUGGCCCGCGGGUUCUUCCUGCAGGUUCUGAAGGCCGUGCAGCAUUGUUUCAGCUGCGGAGUGGUUCACAGAGACAUUAAAGACGAGAACCUCCUGGUGGAUUUACGGACUGGAACACUCAAACUGAUAGACUUUGGCUCGGGGGCGUUCCUGAAAGACUCUGCAUACACUGACUUUGAUGGCACUCGCGUUUACAGUCCCCCAGAGUGGAUCCGGUUAAAGCGCUACCACGGCCCGUCCGCCACAGUCUGGUCUCUGGGCGUCCUGCUGUACGACAUGGUGUGUGGAGACAUCCCGUUCGAGCAGGACGAGGAGAUCCUUCGCGGGCGCGUUAUUUUCCGAGGCAAAGUGUCUCAAGACUGCCAGCAGCUGAUUAGUUGGUGUUUGAAUCUCCAGCCGACAGAAAGGCCGUCCCUGGAGCAGAUCCUGGUCCAUCCGUGGCUCACAGGAUCCAAGUGCCACCAAACAGAGAGCUGCGACAUCACACUGCACACGCUGGAAGACCCCUCUACCUCCCCUUCGUCUACCUCAUCGAGCCAGGACAGUCUCUGA